UUUUCAUUCCGCUGUUCAUUUGAUUCCUUGAUUAUUUGAUUUCUUUCAUCUCUAUGGAGAAUCCACCAUUUUUUGAUUUUGCAACCAAUCCUUCAAAUCCUUACUACUUGCAUCCUAAUGAAAAUCCAUCACUUGUUCUUGUUACUCCAUCAUUGGAUAACAAGAAUUACCAGACUUGGUCGCGAUCUAUGCGGGUCGCAUUAAUUUCCAAGAACAAAUUGAAAUUUGUUGAUGGCACCCUAAAUCCUCCUCCUGUUUCAGAUCUCCUUCAUGAACCAUGGUUAAGAUGUAACAACAUGGUUCUGUCUUGGCUUCAACGAUGUAUUUCUGAAACCAUUGCGAAAUCAAUCAUUUGGUGUGAUCGAGCCUCCGUGGUUUGGAAGCGAUUGGAGAACCGUUUUGCACAAGGUGAUAUUUUCAGAGUUGCUGAUAUUCUUGAGGAAUUGGCUAAAUUUCAACAAGGUAAUCUUGAUAUCUCCUCCUAUUUUACACAAUUAACCACUUUGUGGGAAGAAAUUCAGAACUUCCGGCCAAUUCGUGAUUGCACUUGUGCCAUCCCUUGCACUUGUGGUGUUGCUUCUGAUCUCAAAAAGUAUAAUGAGCAAGACAAAGUAAUUAAGUUUUUGAAAGGUUUGAAUGAGCAAUAUGCACAUGUGCGCUCUCAGAUUAUGCUAAUUGAUCCUUUGCCUGAAUUGGAUAAGACUUUUUCUCUUGUACUUCAACAAGAAAGACAAACACAUAUUCCUAUUUUUGGUGAAAUUCCUGUUGAUCAACAAUCAGCUGUUAAUCAAGUUCAGCAAACCAAUUCUAAUAAAGGUUUUGCUCGUGGUGGUUCUUCUAGCUAUAGAGGUCGAGGUAAAGGAUCUUAUAAUGGAACAAGAGGACAGAAUCAAGGCAUUACUCGCACUUGUAGUCAUUGUGGAAGGCAUAAUCAUACAGUUGAGACUUGUUUCCUUCUCCAUGGCUAUCCUCCUGGUUAUCAAAACAGAGGUCCUAAGUCAGCGAAUCUUGCGGUUUCUGAACAAAAGUAUACUGAUGCUGUCCAGAACCAAGGAUCUGUUAGCAGCCCUUCACUGAAUUCUAUCCAAGAGCAAUAUAAUCAGAUUUUGCAGCUUCUACAACAUUCAAAUUUGCAAGCUUCAACGUCAAACACCAUUUCUACUAUGCCUCAGCCUACUGUCAAUUCAGUUAUCUCACUUCCCGCAGCUUAUACUUCCACAUCCACUCCCAUAAUCGAUUUUGAACCAGAGAGUGAUUGGUAUAGCUAAGAAGUUUGGAGGACUGUAUGUGUUAGAUUCUUCACUGCUAAAUAAAUCUCAAAAUAAUGGUUUAGUUUCUGCUUCAAUUUGUAAUUCUGUUUUUCCAAGUUUGUCGUCUAAGUCAACUGAUUCUGCAAAUGUUUGGCAUUAUAGAUUGGGUCACAUUUCGGAUUCCAUACACAAAUGUAUUUCCAUUCAGUUUCCCAUUGUAAAAUACACCAGUACCCACUCUCCUUGUGAUAUAUGCCAUUAUGCAAAACAUAAGAAAACAUCAUUUCCUCAUA